AUGCUUCAAACACAGACUCAACACGUCUUUUCCCACCAGCACCAGUAUCCGCAGGCUGAUCCCUCCUGGUUGCAGCAACAGCAGCACCACCAAACCCACCCGCACCAGGCUCAGCAACAGCAUUCUUCGUUGGUCGCCCAACAGCAUGCCCAAGUCCAGGCGGCUGCAGCCGCAGCCGCAGCCGCUCAACAACAACAUUAUACCCGCAUCGCCAUGGCUGGAAACGCUGGUACCGGUAAUCCCGCCCAGGGAGCCGGUGCAGGAGGCAUGGGCGGAGAUGGCGCUUUGCCCGGUGCGGUGUCUGUGAUGGAUGGUGGCAUCAGUGAUGAGAAUCGCAAGGUUUUCAUUUGGGUCGCGGAGCUCCUCGAUCCGAGUCGCAGAGAGGCAGCUCUCAUGGAGCUCAGCAAAAAGAGAGAGCAAGUCCCCGAACUUGCGCUGGUUAUUUGGCACUCCUUCGGCGUCAUGACCGCUUUACUCCAGGAAAUCAUCUCUGUAUACCCUCUGUUGAAUCCUUCCCAAUUGACUGCCGCGGCAUCAAAUCGGGUUUGCAACGCGUUAGCUCUGCUGCAGUGCGUUGCUUCCCACAAUGAAACCCGCACGUUGUUUUUGAACGCUCAUAUCCCUCUCUUCCUUUACCCCUUUCUUAAUACGACGUCAAAGUCGCGCCCCUUCGAAUAUCUCCGUCUCACUUCGCUCGGUGUGAUCGGAGCGUUGGUCAAGAACGACUCCUCCGACGUCAUCAACUUCCUCCUUACCACAGAGAUUAUUCCCCUCUGCCUUCGCAUCAUGGAGACGGGCUCGGAAUUGAGCAAGACGGUCGCAAUCUUUAUUGUACAGAAGAUUCUCCUUGAUGAUAUUGGUCUCGCUUACAUCUGCGCGACCUACGAGAGAUUCUAUGCCGUUGGGACAGUCCUUAGUAAUAUGGUCACCCAGCUGGUGGAGCAACAGACCGUGCGACUCCUCAAGCAUGUUGUGCGCUGCUUCCUUCGUUUGAGCGAUAACAGUAGGGCGCGAGAGGCCUUGCGGCAGUGCCUCCCCGAACCACUACGCGAUGCGACAUUCUCCUCAGUACUCCGCGACGAUGCUGCUACCAAGCGCUGCCUUGCACAACUUCUCAUCAAUCUUUCGGACAACGUCUCCGACGGCGCACCCGGUGUUGCGAUGUAA